AUGCCCCCCGGGCAGUGCCGCCCCCCGGGCGGUGCCUCCACCCAGUGCCCGCGGCCUGUUCCCGUCCUGCCCGUGAGGGACCUGCUGGCCAGGGCACGCAGGCCUGUCGCCAGCUGCUUCGCGCUCGCCACAGGGCGCCCUCCUCAAACUCCUCCGCCCGCCCGGUCCUGGGGGAGGCGAGGGCCACCCGGGGGUGCGGCGGCGGCGGCACCGCUCCGAGAGCCACCGGGACCCACGCAGGGGCUGCCCGGGAUGAGGCGGGGACCGGUGGUGGAGAGCUGCGUGGCGGCGGCGGGGUACAGCGUGGGGGAGUUCGCGGCGCUGGUCUUCGCUGGAGCCCUGGGCUUUGCCGAAGCGCUGUACGCGGUGAAAGUGCGUGCCGAAGCCAUGCAAAAGGCGUCGGAAGCUGUCCCCAGUGGAAUGUUAUCAGUUAUCGGUCGGCGAGAGGCAAAUUACAAAUUUGCCUGCUUGGAAGCCCGUAAACACUGUGAAUCGCUGGGUAUAGAAAACCCCAUAUGUGAAAUUUCAAACUAUUUGUUUCCAGACAGCAGAGUCAUUGCAGGACACUUACAGGCUUUGGAGUUUUUGCAGGAGAAUGCCCGAAAAUAUUAUUUUACACGUACAAAAAUGCUUCCAGUCAGUGGGGCUUUUCAUACCAGACUUAUGGAACCAGCAGUAGAGCCACUGGCUGAAGUCCUAAAAUCGAUUGAGAUUCAGAAACCACUGGUCUGUGUCUAUUCCAAUGUUGAUGGCAAAAAGUACAUGCACUCAAAGCACAUUCAGAAGCUGUUAGUGAAGCAGGUGGUUUCACCUGUUAUGUGGGAACAGACCAUGCAUUCUGUAUACGAAAGAAAGCAAGGAACAGAAUUUCCUUACACGUACGAAGUGGGGCCUGGGAAGCAACUAGGAGCCGUUCUCAAAAAAUGUAAUUUAAAGGCCUGGAAACAAUAUAACCAUGUAGAUGCUCUGGAAGAUGAGGAAGCAGCAGACACCUAAGUAGCCUUUUGAGACAAAUCCAUGCAACUUGUUUUUUCUGCCUAAUUUAAAAAUAACUUUGUGCUCCCAAAAGAGGAAGUCUUAAACAUUCAUGGCUUCUCAUGAUGAAAAGAGCACCGUGCGCGUAAUCGCAAUGAACGUUUUCCUUCCCCGUGUGCCUCAGGUGUGGAAGGGGAGAGCAAGGUCUGGCUCUUCUUCUGCCUGUGUCAGAAAUGCAAACCUGCCAAUAAACACGCCAAAUAGCCUUCUGUUUGGCCUCAAUCCU